GUCUGUAGCUUUUAUGGAGGCGCGUUUCACUCUUCCACAUGCAUGGGACUUAAACGACGGGACUUUACCGACCAACUCACAUGCUCAAAUGUAGAUCCGAGCCGCCGCUCAGCUCAGCGCAACAACAGUCCUCCUAAGGAGGAAUGCCAGCUCCUGAGCAGAGCCCAGUGACGGAGGAGGGGCUUCUGCUGACCAUCCGCGACAGUUCAGCUGGCCGCAACAUGGAGGCUGACAACACCGCCACCAACAUCCUGGCCUCUGUCAAAGAGCAGGAGCUCCAGUUUGAGCGGCUAACCAGGGAGCUGGAAGUGGAGAGGCAGAUUGUGGCCAGUCAGCUGGAAAGAUGCAGACUCGGGGCCGAGUCACCAGGCGCUGGUAGCAGCAGUUCGUCUGAGAAGUCCCUGCCUUGGAGGACUGCAGAUGCCUCCGCCUCAGGAGACACAAAGUCUCGGGUGACUGACAGCUCCCAGUCCCCCAGCUACCGCAUCAGGACUGAGUCAGAGCAGGUGUCUCUGUACUCCCCGGAGCAGUCCUCCCUCCAUGAAAGUGAGGGGUCUGUGGGGAAUUCGCGUAGCUCAACUCAGAUGAACUCGUACUCAGACAGCGGCUACCAGGACGCCAGCAGCGGCUACCUCAGCAGCCAGAACCUGGGCAAGGCUGAACUGAGGAUGCAGCACUCCUUCCCUGGUGCUGGCACUAGUACCCUGGUGAGGAAUGCCAGGGCUGAGGGCCAGGCUUCAGCCCAGGUUCCAGCAGUGACGACAGCAGUGCCUGGCCGUGCUAUGCGGAGGGUAAGCUCAGUGCCUUCUCGCUCUCACUCACCAGCCUACACUAGCAGUAUGUCCCCCUCCCGCGGCUCCCUGCGUACCUCGGCUGGCAGUGCCUACGGCUCUCCCAUUAUAACUGAACCCAAACCCCUCUCCAGUAUCUUCUCUACAACCCUGCCCUCUGCCCAGCGCACCAGUACCGCCGGCGGUGGUGGCAGUGGCUCACCCUACUCCACGCAGAAAAACUCUCCGGCCACACUGCGACGCAUGGGCUCCACAAACUCGCGAUCGGGCAGCGCCAGCCGCACCACCUCACCCUAUCAGGCCUCUGCGGGAUCAUCCUCAGGCCGCAUGGGCUCGCCUCUGACGAUGGUGGACGGCGUCAACCCUCCACUGACCAAGCAGCCUAGUCACUCGUCUUCUCCAGUCAGGGCUAGUAUGACCGCCGUGCCACAGCACUACAGCUCCACUCUGCCCCGCUCCGUGCUCCACAACACCGACCCCUACGGACCGCAGAGUUAUGACAUUUACGAGAGGAUGACGCGACCCGACAGCCUCACAGGAGUACGGAGCUCAUACGCCAGUCAACACAGCCAGCUGGGCCAGGACUUAAGAUCAGCCAUAUCCCCGGACCGCCACAUUGCGCCAAUCUACGAGGAUCGGACGUACCAGGGCCCGUUGUACCGCAGCCCCAGCCACACCCAGCAGGGCACCCUCUACAGGAGCACCUCAGGUGUUGGGAGUCUCCAGCGGACACCCAGCCAGCGCAGUGCCAUGAUCUACCAAAGAAACAACUAUGCUCUCAACACAGCAGCCACCUACGCUGAUCCGUAUCGCUCGGCACAGUACCGGCCCUCUGAUCCCAACUACACUCGCCAGGCUGUUGUCAUGGAUGACGGCGCCACUCGCUCACCCUCCAUAGACAGCAUUCAGAAGGAUCCCAGGGAGUUUGCAUGGCGUGACCCAGAGCUAACGGAGGUGAUCCACAUGCUGCAGCACCAUUUCCCCUCAGUGCAGGCCAACGCAGCCGCCUACCUGCAGCACCUGUGCUUUGGAGAUAACCGAGUUAAGGCAGAGGUGUGUCGACUGGGUGGAAUUAAACAUCUGGUGGACCUACUAGACCACAAGGUCCUUGAGGUCCAGAAGAACUCGUGUGGAGCUCUUAGGAACCUUGUUUAUGGCAAAUCUGUGGAUGACAACAAGAUUGCUGUGAGAAAUGCAGGAGGUAUUCCCGCUCUACUCCGCCUGCUGAGAAAGACUGUAGAUGCGGAAGUGCGGGAACUCGUCACCGGGGUGCUGUGGAACCUGUCGUCAUGUGACGCCGUCAAGAUGACAAUCAUUCGGGACGCCUUAACGACUCUGACCAACACUGUGAUCAUCCCUCACUCGGGAUGGAGCAGCUCCACCUUCGACGACGACCACAAGCUGAAGUUCCACUCCUCCCUGGUGCUGAGGAACACCACCGGCUGUCUGAGGAACCUGAGUUCAGCUGGCGAGGAGGCCAGGAAACAGAUGCGGAGCUGUGAGGGUCUAGUUGACUCACUACUCUACGUCAUCAAAGCCUGCGUAAACACCUCUGACUUCGACAGCAAGAUUGUGGAGAACUGUAUUUGCACUCUGAGGAACCUGUCGUAUCGUCUGGAGCUGGAGAUGCCGCCGUCUCGACUGAUAGGGGGACAGGAGCUGGAUGGCUUACUGGGCAGCGAAUCGCCCAGCAAAGAGGUGGAUUCCAGCUGCUGGGGCAGGAAGAAAAAGAAGAAGAAAAAGAGCUUGCAGGAAGAGACGUGGGACGGUGUGGGACCCAUCCCCGGCUUCUCCAAGUCUCCCAAGGGGGCAGAGAUGCUGUGGCACCCUUCGGUGGUUAAGCCUUACUUGACACUACUGGCUGAGAGCUCAAAUCCGGCCACUCUGGAAGGCGCCGCUGGGUCCCUCCAGAACCUGUCCGCCGGCAACUGGAAGUUUGCGGCGUACAUUCGUGCAGCAGUGCGUAAGGAGAAGGGACUGCCCAUCCUAGUGGAGCUGCUGCGGAUGGAUAACGACAGGGUGGUGUGUUCGGUUGCCACUGCACUGAGAAACAUGGCACUGGAUGUCAGGAACAAGGAGCUGAUAGGGAAGUACGCGAUGAGGGACCUGGUCAAUCGUCUCCCUGGCGGGAACACCACCCUGCUAUCGGACGAGACCGUGGCGGCCAUCUGUUGCACCCUGCACGAGGUCACCAGCAAAAACAUGGAGAACGCCAAGGCCCUGGCCGACACGGGCGGCAUCGAGAAGCUGGUCAACAUCACCAAGGGCAGAGGGGACAGGUACUCUAUGAAGGUGGUUAAAGCAGCUGCUCAGGUGCUGAACACACUGUGGCAAUACCGGGAUCUGCGUACCAUCUAUAAGAAAGAUGGAUGGAACCAAAACCAUUUCCUCACUCCAGUGUCAACACUUGAAAGGGACCGGUUCAAGUCCCAGCCCACCCUGCCCACCAGCACUAUUCAGAUGUCUCCAGUCAACCACCCUGCUGCCAGUGCCAUGUCGUCUCCUGCCAUGCUGGGCAUCAAAGAGCAUAGAGACACCAUCAGAGAUUAUCAGAGAGCACAGUCAACUAUGCAAUUUUAUAAUUACCAAGGGGACAACAGUAUGCAUAAAAAACAGUACACAGGGUCUGGGCAACCUUCUCCAUAUUACUACUCAUCACCCACAAGAGAGGAGCCCAGAAGAACACAGCCUAUGUAUUAUACAGAGGAGCCGGGGCGGAGGAACUACGAUACGUACAGAAUGUACUUGAAACAUCCACACGGGUACGAUGACCCGUACUUGGAAGAGGUCAUCACCUACCCGCCCACAGUCGACUACAGCUCCCAGCCUCACGGACUGAAAUCCACCACCAACUAUGUGGACUUUUACGCUAGCACACGGAGGCCUUCGUACAGGGCAGAGCAGUACCCCGGCUCUCCUGACUCCUGGGUAUAGGUCUCCUGGGUAUAGGUCUCCUGGGUAUAGGGUCUCCUGGGAGACGCUCCUGAUCGACAGCCUCUUUUCAGCCCCGAUUUUCAUUUGCAGCAGAGGAGGAGGAGCAGGAGGAGGAGCCGGGGAGCACGCCAGAACCGACAAACUUUUAUCAUGAACUUUGGCUUUAUAAGUGUGUUUGUUUUAAAGUGAGUGUGUGUGUAUGGACGGGAGUUCAACUGAGCGAUGGCAGAUGGAAAGAUGGAAUGUGUGCCAAAGAAGGAAAUCAAGGAAUGUUUUUUUCUUUUUUUUUAAGUUAUUUUUUUUUUUAUUUUAGUAAAGGAAGAAGAUGGAAUCACACUUGCGGGGGGUGGGGGUCUGUUGCGGGACGAUACCGGACGCUGAUGUGAGGAGACGUGCGUCCUGCUCUGUCUAGUUAUGUUAGUUUUAUUUUCUUUAUAAAACUCUUAGCUGUGAUAGCAUGAUGGAAGGUGUGCGUCAUGUGACCGAGGGUCUGCGGUAAGAGUCAAGAUGGAGAAUCGUGUAUGUGUUCGAAGCCAAAACGGAUCAUGAACUCAUAACCAUGAAAAAAAGACAAAAAAUAAUGAAAAAAACAGUAAACUAAUGAUGUUAGAUUGUACAGAGGGAUCAAAUUGUAUCUGUACUAAAUGUUGAAGCUGUGUAUUGCCAUGGAGUCUUGUACAUUUCUUUCAUUUUGUUGUAAAUACGGAAGAAAAACAACAUGUUACCUGGUUUACACUCAUCAGCACUGGUUAAAAAAAAAAAGAAACUCGUGCCAUGUUAAAAUCUCUAUAGAUAUAUAAAUAUAUGAAGAAAUGUGUGGACAAAGAUGGCAUCAUAAUACAACUAAAGUAAUAAAAAGGUCAGUUUUGUUUUUUAAA